AAGAAGGAGGAAAAACCAGCUCUAACUCCAUUGUUGAGCGAAGAAAGGAGAAGGAGAAACAAGAAGAAGUAUCAAGGUUUCCAAAUCUUAAGCUCAAAAACACAGCAGCCACUUUAAGGUAAAAACUGAAAUUUUCCAUCCAUUAUCUCGGAAUACUUUCUGAGCCAAAGUUGUAGCCCCGGACGAUACGAAUCCAGCCCAACAAACGGGUUGCGAUUUCGUUAAGUAACGAAGAAGAUAUGGCCAAAAUACCUUGACUGCGCCAGUGGUGGCGAGCUCCUCGGGUUGAACCAUGUUUCUUCACCAUAUUCAUGUUGUUCCAUUCCAAAUACUCAUCAUAAACUCUCUAACAAUUAUUAGGAACAUCCGGAAGAUAUCGUAGAGAAGGUUUGGUGUUGGAAUAUUGAAGUUAAUUAGUUAAUCGUCGGAAUCGUAUAAAUGGACAUAUUCAAAAUUCUGGACAGCAACUUUCCCUUGACUUUAGGUCCGAUUUACGCUAUCUUACAUCUGUUAACUCGAAAUACUUUCUAUACGAAAGUUACAGCCUUACAUCUUAGAAAUCCGCAGAAUCAAACGGUUUGCGAUUCCGUGAAGAAACGAUGGACCUAUGCCCAAAAUACCGCAGGCUAUCCAAUUGUGACGAGAUUGACAAAGUUGAUGAAUUUCGAUGAUGUUUCCACUCCCGUUCAUCCGUAAGGUUUCGACCGAUGAUUUCCAGCGGUUUCGCUGAGCGUGUAGUUUGUAUAUUUCGUUGACUACACGUAGGUAACAUGAGGACAAUGACGGAACCACUCCCGGAGGGUAUUGAGUCAGAGGAGAUGCAAGGAUGGCAGGCAAAUGUUUGAUCAUCAAAGAUUUUAAAUGUGUCAUGAUUUAAUUAUUAUUGUACUUCCGCAUUACUCUGAAAAUAUUUUUAAACGGGUCGCGAUCCAGAGUCUGUAAAUUUAAUAUUUAUAAGUAAUUGUCAUUUUCAAAUGUCAAGCGAAAUUUUUAUUUAACUCUCGUUUCACCUUAAUUCGUGUAAUUCCGGGUUUUACGGAUUGGGG